GUAACUCUCAGCAGUCAAGAUAGAGCGGACGGACCCGGCUACUUCUGAGGGGGCACUGCUUUGGAUUUGGAUAUAUUCCUGUGGAUGGAUUGUACUGGAUUCACUGCGGUACAACGUCUUUCUGCCCCAAUGAUGGCUACGGAGUUGGGCGUAUAUAAACCAUCCGAGCGGACACUUCCAACCCCUCAAAUGCCAUCCAAACCAAAUCGGACUAAAACGGAGACGACGCCAGAGGUGGUGGUUGAUGUGGAAGGGAAGAGGUCAUAUCAAAAAGGAAAGAUCCUGGGAAAGGGUGGUUUUGCGCGAUGCUACGAAAUGACAGACGUGGCCACAGAGAAAACGUAUGCUGUGAAGGUUAUACCACAAAGCAGAGUGAUCAAGCCCCAUCAGCGAGGAAAGGUAAUGAAUGAAAUCGAGCUCCACAGAACUUUGCAACACAAGCACGUUGUGAAAUUCUCGCACCAUUUUGAAGAUGCUGAAAACAUCUACAUCUUCAUGGAAUUAUGCAGUAGAAAGUCCCUUGCACACAUAUGGAAAGCGAGGCACACUUUGACCGACCCUGAGGUGCGUUAUUACCUGAAGCAGAUCAUCUCUGGACUGAAAUAUCUCCACAACAAGGGCAUCCUUCACAGAGAUCUCAAACUCGGUAACUUCUUCGUGAGUGAGAGUAUGGAAUUGAGAUUAGGAGACUUUGGGCUGGCAACUAAACUGGAGACUGGUGACCAGAAGAGAAAGACCAUAUGUGGAACACCCAAUUACCUUGCACCGGAAGUGCUGAAUAGACAGGGGCAUGGGACUGAAUCAGACGUGUGGUCUCUGGGCUGUGUCAUAUACACAUUGCUGUGUGGGAAUCCACCUUUUGAAACGUUGGACUUGAAAGAGACAUACAAAUGCAUAAAGGACGUACGCUAUACCCUCCCUCCCACCCUACUGCCUGCGGCUCAGAAGUUGAUCUCCUCCAUUCUGCAGAAGAACCCUGCUGACCGCCUCACCUUGGACCAGAUCCUUUCCCACGACUAUUUCAAGGGCUUCACACCAGACACGUUGCCUCCCAGCAGCUGUGUCAUGGUACCAGAGUUUAAUCACCCCACCCCGGCCAGGAAGCUGUUCACCAAGGUGGCAAAGACCCUGUUUGGCAGAAAGAAAUCUAAAGUGGAAAAGUGUCCCGUGGAAGAGAAGGAUGACAUCUCCAAACUGGUGUCGGGCAUUGUGAAGUGUUCAGUCAGCCGACAGAUGAGCUGCAAGGUGGUGGGCGCACAAGAGGCUACGUCACCCACGGGUGCCUUGGCUAGCUCGGACCCCUUUGAUGUGCAAGCUGAAGAGGAGUCCAGGAAGUCUUCAUCUCCAUCCUCAAAGAGCACCAUAGACAGCAGAACUUUGGAAGACACUACCACGUCUGCUGGUGUGGCCAGGUCCGCUGUGAAUGUUCUCAACAACUGUUUGGCCCUCAUGCCUGCAGCUUCGAGAAACCCAAUGUGCAUCCAAAAACCCAAACCCUUCAUCUGGGUUACCAAAUGGGUGGACUACUCCAACAAAUAUGGAUUUGGCUACCAGCUCUCAAAUCAGAACAUUGGAGUUCUGUUUAAUGAUGGGACCCAUCUGAGUUUAUGUGAACAGAGAAAGGUCAUCCACUACUCUUUGGGAAAUAAUUUGCACUUUAAGUUCCAAGCUGACGCCCUUCCAGAGCGGCUGCAGAGUCAGAAGCAGAUUGUGGAGUUGAUCGCCAACUACAUGGAGCAAAACUUGAUGGAGGGUGGUGAUGUGCCAGAUGAGGACCUGCCUCCCCCCUCUGAGUCCCCUGUCCUGCUGCAAUGGGUGAAGACGGACCACGCACUUGUCAUGUUCUUCAAUAACGGCACUGUGCAGGUGAAUUUCUACACAGACCACACAAAACUCAUCCUUUGCAAAGCCGCGGACUCCUCUUACAUACUAACAUACAUCAACCGAGAGCGUGUAUCGCGCACCUUUUCAGUCGACGUUCUCAGUGAUCGAGGAUGCUCAGCAGAACUUCGUCACAGGAUACGCUAUGUGAUUCAGCUCCUGCAGCAUCACAGGGGAAGCUAAAUCAUCACUACCGCUGCCUCCUCGCCUAGUUAACAGGGUGGUCGUUCAACUACUCUGUCUCCGUGCCACUCGUUGCUGCUGUCAGCUUCUCCUUGGAGCAACCCUCAGACCUCAAGGUGGGAGACUUUCCACCGCAAUGUGAAGACUCCUCCUGCUUUUGGCCAGUAUCUGGCCCCUAUGGACUUUGGUGCACUGUUUUUUUGUUUGUUUUUUGUUUUUUUUGUCAUCCAAUAUGUAUAUAUUGUGUUUGUGUGUGUAUAUAGAGGCCGAAUCGAAACUAUCAAUGCAGGCUUGGCUUUUAUUUUUUUACACUGGUGAAUGGAGUCCUGUAGGUGCCAAACGUUUUAUUUAAAACAUUUUAAGGACAAGUGUCAAGUACAGCAAAUUAUGUUAUCACUAAUUUAAUUUCCUUUUGUUUAUGAUUUGAUUUUAAAAUGAACAAGCACUACAUUGCCUGACAUAAGCUGUUGGCUGUUCACAAGAAUAAUGACCCAGUAAUAUCAGUCAUUUCAGAAUGGUGCACAUAUAUCUUGUACCUCCUGCUUGAUAUACUGUUUGUCCUCCAUCUGUGGUAAUACUCUGCAAAACUGUGAGCCUGAGUGUACUAUAUAUGUCCUAGAACUAACAAGUAUUGUAUUAAGAAUCCCAAUAUUGUGAAAGCCAUUGCCCUUAUAGACAAAACUUUAUUUUUUGUGUAUCAUAUCAUAUAUAAUUCCUAUUUAUUAUAAUUAUUUGUACUUUUUUAUUUAUUUGUGUAAAUGUAUGGUGUCGCCAUGUUUUGAAGAAUGCAGUAUGUUCAUUGACCUUAAGU